AUGACCACUGUCAGAACCCUUCUGGCAGUUGUUGCCCUUCAAUCUUGGCACACCACUCAUAUGGAUGUGACAAACGCGUUUUUGUAUGGUGAUCUUACUGAAAAAGUAAGUGCUGCUGGUUUCAUUCUAUCUCAAAACAAGUAUACCCUUGAUCUGCUAAAAGAGUUUGGUAUGUACCAAGUUAAACCACUCUCUCUUCCCAUGGAUACUCACCUUAAGCUUACCCCUGAUAAAGGAGACCUUCUCCCUGAUCCUACUCCCUAUCAAAGGCUCCUUGGUAAACUAAUUUACCUUACAAUCACAAGGCCAGACAUUUGCUUUACGGUUCAGCUCCUAAGCCAAUACAUGCAUCAGCCUACCACAGUUCACAUGCAAGCUGCUAAAAGGUUGUUGAGAUACUUAUCAGGCACUCAUACCCAAGGUAUUUUCUUGGCUUCCACCUCAGGUGCUCACCUCACUGCUUACUGUGACAGUGACUGGGCCAGCUGUCCAGUAACCAGGAGAUCAACCACUGGAUUUUGCAUCUUCCUAGGUCAAUCUCAAAUCUCUUGGAAAGCAAAAAAACAACCUGUGGUGGCUCGUUCCUCAGCUGAAGCAGAAUAUCGGGCCAUGGCCCUAACCACAUGUGAGGUGACAUGGCUUACAGCCCUCCUGAAGGACCUUGGUCUUCAGCAUCUUCCUCCUACAACACUUAACUGUGACAACCAAGCAGCUCUGGCCAUUGUUGCAAACCCAGUUCUACAUGAACGCACCAAACAUGUAGAAGUUGACUGUCAUUAUAUCCGUGAUCAAGUCAAGGCUGGCACAAUUAUUCCUCAACAUGUCACUUCAUCAGACUAG